AAUUGGAGUUUAUUUACUUUAACAGUUGAUCGAUCAAUAUCCAUUUUUUGAUAUGUAACCUUAAAGUUAUUAGAUUCAAUACUUUCCUCCUCCUAACCUACCUUUACCUCCUCCACCUUAACAACCUCUUCCUACUCCUCCUUCACGAUCAUCCACCUUCCCACCCUGUGGUUAGUCAGUCUUGAAAAUGAUUAAAGACGACGCUAAUCAAAAUACACCGGAAUACACCGAACAAAACAUGUUGGCCUGACUCGGCCAUGGCUUCAACUGUUUAACUUGAUUUUAAAUCAUUAUUGUAUUUUGUUUAGCCUUUUAGGGCGAAACAAGUAACAUAAAGCAGAUUAACCUGGAUUAAACCAGGAUUAUUGUUUUAAUUGUGGUCAAAAUAUCUAUUUUAUGCGCUUUUAAUUCUGGUUAAUCUCAUUUGGCUUACGGCUUUCGCUUCAAAAUUUUGAUUUUGUGUACUUCCAUUUUAUUUUGCCCAUUGAAUUUGAUUUAAUUUAUGCCUAAAAUUGUUGUUACAUUUAACUAAUUGUUCACUAAUGUGUUGUAAAUGGUUUAAAGUGUUUUACUAAUUGUGCUUUAUUAACUGAUAUUCAUGUACAUUAGUUAGUGAAAUGAGCUGCAGUGUUUACAGUGGAGCUUGUCAACAGACUAUUCAACUUAGACACGGGUCAUUUCCAAGGGUAACAACUACUGGUUAUACUGAGAUCGAGGCUAGAGAACGCAUUGAGUCAACUUCGGCUGUCAAUUUGAAUGUCCAAUAUGAACGCUUUGUGCCUUUAAAUCAUAAUCAUCAUCUCUGUGAACGGGUUACAAUCAAUGUGAGUGGUUCUCGCUUCGAAACACAAUUAAGGACAUUGUGUACCUUUCCAAAUACUCUGCUAGGGGAUCCAAGACGAAGAAUAAGAUACUUCGACCCUCAUCGGAAUGAAUAUUUUUUUGACCGAUGUCGAAUAGCUUUUGAACCAAUUCUGUAUUACUAUCAAUCUAAUGGUAAAUUGAGGAGACCAAUGAAUGUACCUUUGGACAUUUUCCUGGAAGAGAUUCGCUUCUAUCAAUUGGGUUCUUUGGCAAUUGACAAGUUUAAAGCUGAGGAAGGUUUUGCUCCUCGAAGUAAAGAAGCGCCUUUACCUAAAGGUGAUUUCCAACGAAAACUGUGGCUUCUCUUUGAACAUCCAGAGUCAUCGCAAGGAGCUCGAGUUGUGGCAAUUAUUUCGGUUAUUGUAAUUAUUGUUUCCAUUGUAAUCUUUUGCCUUGAAACUCUUCCACAAUUUAAACACUACAAAAUAUUUAAAAUUGGUAAUUACACCAAAGUAUGGGAAGACGAUUCUCCAGCAAUGACAGAACCUUUCUUUAUCAUUGAAUCUUUCUGUAUAAUCUGGUUUUGCCUGGAACUUCUCAUUCGACUCUGUACUUGUCCAUCCAAAGCUAAAUUUUUAAAGAAUAUCAUGAAUACUAUUGAUGUUCUCUCCAUUAUUCCGUUCUUCAUGACUCUUGCAACUGCCCUUAAUGAAGAACCUGACCAACCCAUGGACAUCUAUUCGCUUCACACGGAAAAGACUAGCUCAGGAACCAGUUUAGUUAUUUUACGGGUGAUACGAUUGGUUCGUGUUUUCAGGAUCUUCAAGUUGUCUCGUCAUUCGAAAGGCCUUCAAAUACUUGGAAUGACACUGAAAUCUUCAAUGAGAGAAUUGGCUUUGCUCAUGUUUUUCCUUCUCAUUGGAGUCAUACUUUUCUCAUCAGCAGUUUAUUAUGCUGAAGCAGGCCACGAAAAAUCAAACUUCAAGUCAAUCCCUGAUGCCUUUUGGUGGGCCGUUGUCACAAUGACUACUGUAGGUUAUGGUGAUAUCGUUCCCCUUGGAUUUUGGGGUAAAAUGGUUGGUUCCCUUUGUGCCAUUGCUGGGGUGCUAACCCUUGCCCUUCCGGUUCCAGUAAUUGUUUCUAAUUUCAAUUUCUUUUACAACCGAGAGAUGAGGUCAGAAGAUUUGGAAACUCCAAUUAAUGUGCGGCACGUUAAAAGUUGUCCAUUUUUACCUUCAAUGAUCAAUCAUAGCUCAUUGGAGACCAGUUUGGCUUCUUUAUCUUCUGAGAAUUGCUCACUAAUUGAUUGUAGACUCGAUAAUUCUGUAAACAAAGGUAACUGUGAUCAUAUUUUUAAGCAAAAUGACCUCAAAUUAAUACAACCCAAGAAAAAUGUGUCAUGAAAAUUGUCGUUAAAUAGGUUAAGAAAAUAAAAUAUUGAGCGAUAGCGAAA